UAGUGGAAUGAAGGGUGUUAAUUAAUAAAUUAAAGCCCUUUGGUUUGCUCUAUAAAUACCCUCAUUACAAACCCCUCAAUCUGAUAAUCAAACUCAAUAUCCAAAACAAACUAUUUAUCCCUUGAGAAUUUGGAACAACAUAAAGACAAUAUGAUGAUGAAGGUUAAUGAAUCUACAGUUUGACAACAACACUACUUGAAUUUCUUCAAUCCAUUCGCCUAACAAAGCAAGCGCCACAUGGAAUAUUAUGAGCUUUUGGGGUAUGUUCUACUUUCAUUCAUAUGCAUUCUAUGGGUUAAUCAUCGUCACCGCAUGCACUUGGCUGAGCUCCGGCGGCUACCACCAGGGCCAACACCAUGGCCAAUAGUCGGAAACAUAUUCCAGCUAGGCUUUGUAAAGAUACCCCACGACUCGUUUGCCCAACUAGCUCAUAUUCAUGGCCCCAACAUCAUGACCCUUUGGCUAGGCUCCAUGUGUACAGUGGUCAUCUCCUCAAAUGAAGCUGCUCGUGACAUGUUCAAGAACCAUGAUGUGGUUCUCGCUGGUCGAAAGGUCUAUGAGUGCAUGAAAGGUGAAUAUGGAGACGAAAUAGGCUCCAUGAUAACAGCACAAUAUGGGCCAAAAUGGCGACUAUUGAGAAGGCUUAGUACCACUGAGUUUUUCUUGAACAAUCGCCUAGACGCCACGUGUAACAUCCGUAGUAGAUGUAUCAAUAAAAUGGUGAAGUCUAUAUACGAUGUUUGUGGCAAUGAUGGCUCUAGCAUUGAUGUUGGUAGGUAUUUUUUCUUGAUGGCGUUUAAUUUGAUUGGGAAUUUAAUGUUCUCGAAGGAUCUUUUGGAUUUAAAUUCAAAGAGAGGAGCAAAGUUCUUUUACCAUGCAGGGAAAGUAAUGGAAUACGGUGGAAAACCUAACGUGGCCGAUUUUAUUCCAUGUUUAAAGUGGCUUGAUCCACAAGGCAUCAAGAAAAACAUGCAAUAUCAUGUACGUGAAGCGUUUCAUAUAGCUGGAGGAUUCAUCAAAGAAAGAAUGGAAGAGCAAGAAGAGAGUGGUGAUAAAAGAAGAAAUGAUUAUUUGGAUGUGCUCUUGGAGUAUCGUGGUGAUGGUGUUGAAGGACCCUCUAUGUUCUCUUCUACAACCAUCAAUAUAGUCGUGUUUGAAAUGUUCACUGCAGGGACUGACACGACAACAAGCACAUUAGAAUGGGCAAUGGCCGAACUCCUCCACAAUCCUAACAUUUACCAAAAACUAAGAGCUGAAUUGAGAAGCAUCAUUCCCCUAAAUGAAAAUCUUGAAGAAAAGCACAUCGAUAAUAUGCCUUACCUCAAAGCUGUGAUUAAAGAGACAUUAAGGCUUCACCCACCCCUCCCAUUUUUAGUCCCACACAUGGCCAUGCAAUCAUGCGAGAUGCUAGGGUACACUAUUCCAAAGGAAACACAAGUGCUAGUGAAUGUGUGGGCAAUAGGUCGCGACCCUAAAACGUGGCAUGAUGCAUUGAAAUUCAAGCCAGAAAGAUUCUUGGAUCAUGACAAGUUUGUGGACUACAAGGGACAACAUUUUGAAUUCAUUCCAUUUGGUUCGGGUCGAAGGAUGUGUCCCGCUAUACCGCUAGCCUCAAGGGUCCUCCCAAUGGCUUUGGGUUCGAUUUUGCAUAAGUUUGAUUGGAUUUUGGGAGAUGGGAUUAAGGCGCAUGAGAUGGACAUGAGCGAAAGAAUGGGGAUAACUCUUAGGAAAUCUAUUCCCUUAAAGGCAAUACCCAUACCAUGCAAUGGAUUUAUAUGAUUAUACAUCUCAUAUAAAAAAGAAAUAAAAAAUAUUCUAUUGAGAAUAAAAGAAAUUAACAUGUUGAAAAUGAUUCUAAGCAAAAUGCUUUAUCGUGUAUAUAGUGUUCAAAAAGAAAAAAAUAGAAUAGAAAAAAAGUGAGUACUGUAACAACCUGUAAGUAAAAUGUUCUAUAAUAUAUUUGAAGGAUUGUUUAUGAGCU